AUGCUAAACGUUGCUCGGCAUAUUGGGCAUGUCGGACCGAUAAUUGGGGAACAUGGACAUGGACCUCCUCUGGUUGAGGAGCGCCAACCUGUUUCUGACACAAAGACACUCGAACUUCUUUUCUUACUACAUUGUAGCAACGACGACCAUGAAAUUACGCAUUCCUUCGAGAUGACCACUUCCACUAACUAUCACGAUAACCCAUUUGUGGAUCCGGCGACUUCGUUUGAAGAAAAUGCCAGAGGAAAUUCUUUCGCGGUAGAUGCGACCCUGGCAGUGGGCAGGAAUGCGUCCCUGACUCUGGGAACCGACUCGCUGAUCGUACUGGACGAGCAAUUCGAAAACACAAAUCGCAGUACCUGUUGCGGGUUGUGGCCCUCUGGCACUGCUAACACACGCGCGAUUCCCUUCUACAACGUUCUUUGGGCAGAGAUUGGAGACUCCAUACUUACGAUCCAGUAUGCUUCGCCCCUAUCGAAAACCGUAGUUCGACCGGCUACUCUUAGCUAUUCUUUCGAAUAUCAGCAAGUUGAGUUGGUGAACAAGUGGGUGUAUAAGCUGCUGGAUAGGUCGUACGGCGAAUCGCAGAAGAAGAAGAGGGUCCAGGCCUUGGUCAAUCCUCAUAGUGGAAAAGGAAGCGCAGAGAAGUGGUAUUAUCGAGAUGCAGAACCUCUUUUCAAGGCCGCGCAAUGCGCUGUGGAUGUGGUCAAGACCAAAUAUAUGGGGGAAGCCGUAGAACUCGCCGGAGCUGUCGAUAUUGAUGCAUACGAUGUCAUAGCGUGCUGUUCUGGUGAUGGACUACCUCACGAGGUUUUCAACGGGCUGGGGAAGAGAGUUGAUGCUAAGAAAGCCCUGUCAAAACUCGCUGUUGUCAACAUACCAUGUGGCAGCGGCAACGCCAUGAGCUGCAAUCUAAAUGGGACGGAUAGUGCGAGUCUAGCGACUUUGGCCAUAAUCAAAGGAAUCCCGACACCUCUAGAUCUGAUUUCAAUCACCCAAGGAGAAACCCGGACGUUGAGCUUUCUGUCGCAAUCUGUUGGUAUAGUCGCUGAGUCUGACCUUGCCACGGAGCACUUGAGGUGGAUGGGGUCUAUCCGAUUUGAGUAUGGAUUUCUCACGCGACUGUUCGGCAAAACGGUAUAUCCUUGUGAUAUUGCGGUGAAGGUUGCGAUUGAGGAUAAACCUUCAAUCAAGGCGCAUUACAAGAGAGAGAAGACCAAUUUCGAGCCAGCCAGCGAAAGAAGAGGUUAUAGACACCUUCUCGACGAUGACGCUUCCGCGAGUAGUGGUUAUGACGAUGCCCUCCCACCGCUGAGAUACGGAACAGUUAAUGACAAAUUGCCAGAAGGCUGGGAGCUGAUUCCGCAUGACAAGAUGGGCAAUUUCUACUGUGGCAAUAUGGCAUUCAUGGCAGCUGACGCCAAUUUCUUUUCGACUGCGUUGCCCAAUGAUGGGUACAUGGAUCUCAUCUGCAUCAACGGCGAUAUUAGUCGUAUAUCUGCUGUUAAGAUGAUGCUCAGCGUAGAUGUACAUUCAAAUAAGCUUUUCGACAAUCCGGAUGUAUCAUAUCGCAAAGUUCUAGGAUAUCGCAUUAUACCCAAAGAUCAGAAAGACGGUUACAUCAGCAUAGACGGCGAGCGAGUUCCUUUCCAACCAUUUCAAGCAGAAGUACAUAAGGGUCUUGGGACCGUACUAUCGAAAUCUGGACACAUGUACGAAUCGCCAGGGCCGUUGUAA